GUCUAGUGAAGUAUUUUCCAUGUGACAGUUAGCUUGUAGUAAUAAUUUAUUUUAAUUUGUUGUAGAGGUGUUGAAAGGGGAUUUAAGGGCAACUCUUAUCCUAGGCUUGUGAAGAUGGUUCUAUCUGCCACGAUAACCCAAGAUCCAUGCAAGCUUGCCCAGCUUAAUCUGCAUCACCAUUUGUCGUUGACAACUGGGCAAAGACGUUAUCAGCUCCCUGAACAACUAGAAUCUUUCAAAUUGAUAUGUGAAUCAAAGCAUAAACCCUUGUAUUUAGUAGCCCUUCUCCAAACAUUGCAAGAGGAGAAGUGCAUUGUUUUCACAUCGUCAGUGGAGUCAACCCACAGACUCUGCACCUUACUGAACUUCUUUGGUGAUUUACAAAUCAAGAUCAAGGAAUAUUCAGGUCUUCAGCGUCAGUUCGUAAGAAGCAAGACAUUGAGGGCAUUCCGGGAAGGGGAAAUACAAGUACUUGUUUCUUCUGAUGCAAUGACUCGUGGAAUGGAUGUUGAAGGGCUGAGAAAUGUCAUCAACUAUGAUGUGCCUGCAUAUAUAAAGACAUACAUUCAUCGGGCUGGGAGGACUACAAGAGCAGGCCAGGCUGGACGUUGCUUUACGCUUCUACGUAAAGAUGAGGUUAAGCGAUUCAAGAAGCUGUUACAGAAAGCUGACAACAACUAUUGUUCUGUUUAUUCUGUUCCUUCUGAUUCCAUAGAAUCAUUUCGCUCAACAUACACUUCUGGUAAUUUUUUGUCUUAUUUUUAG